UUCAAUCAUUUGUACAAGAGAAAGAAAUAGAAGAAAAAAAAAAAUAAUAGAUAACCUAUUUUUUUUUUUUAUGCAUUUAAAACUUUUAUUAACUGUUUGCUUUUGUUCGCUUAAUAUAGUAAUAUAUGACCCUACGUACAACAAAAGAGAUCACACAGAGAUCACACAGAGUUCACACCAGCGAGUUCUAACAAUUUCAUUGUUCACUGAAUAGAAACCAAAACCAGUCCCGUAACGUCUGUAUUUUAAAUGCGUGGCUUGUCAAAUUUAGAGUCCAAAGCAUUUCUGAACAAAAAGGGUCAACAAGGGGGCGGUCGCAAUACUUCCAGACAUGUCGUUACCUGCUUUCCAAUACCAGUUACCACGCAAUUUCAAACGGUUGAUUAAUCAACAAAACCAAGUGGCUAAGCAUUUAAUUGCGUUGAGAGAAAAGAAGAAGUAUCGCACUGACCAACAAUGUGUGUUAGUGCAAGGCGUGAAGACGAUCAAGGAAUUACGAGACAAGGGUAUUGAGUUUAAGUCUAUUGGAGUUACAGCAGUAAAGUCGCCAAGAGUUGAAAAUGAUAUCAAGUACCCUGCUUUAGAAGUAUUGAAAUACCCAGAACAUUUUCCUGCCAAGGAAUAUUAUGUCGCGGAUAUUGAUUUAGCAAGAAGGAUAUUAGGUACAGCAUCCAAACCAGGCAGCCAUGAAAUAUUUGCAGAAGUUCCUAUUCCGACUGGCAUUGAUGAAGAAGAGUUGAAAUGCAAGGAUAGGUUAUUAGUGUUUGAUAGAAUCAGUGAUCCUGGUAAUUUAGGUACACUUGUAAGAACAGCCAACGCUUUAGGGUGGGAUUCAGGAUUAAUUACGUCCGACUCGUGUGACAUGUACAAUGACAAAACUGUGAGAGCAUCAAGAGCCUUAUCCUUAACAUGGAAACAUAAGCAGGUUUCACAAGCAAAAGGACUUUCAUUCUUGAAAGAAAAUGGAUUCACCCCCGUUGUUGCGGAUAUGUUACCAAAAAACCCACAAGAGAGUGAUCUAUGGUCACCGGAAUUUGGCACUGAUUAUUUUAAUAAAGCAAGACGGGGGACAGGUGUCUGCUUUUGGAAUUUCCAAAAUAAACCAAAAGAGUUACCCAAGAAAAUUGCCUUAAUCUUGAGCUCAGAACAUGCUGGCGUGAAAGGUUUACAAGAUGAAUUAAGAGUAUCGAUUCCAAUGAGUUCUGCAGUUGAAUCUUUAAAUGUGGCUAAUGCUGGUGCUAUUAUAAUGAAUGAAUUGAACAGAUACAUUGUCUAAAAAUAGAUUAGCCAAUUAUCUUUUCCAAUUCUAUAAAUAAAUAAUUUUUUUUUUAUAUUC